CACUGGUUUGAUGGCAUGGCCAUGAUGCACCGAUUCCACAUAUGUGAGGGCGAAGUCACCUACAGCAGCCGCUUCCUGCGAAGCGACUCAUACGUCCAAAACGCAGAGAAGAACCGCAUUGUGGUGUCAGAAUUCGGGACGUUAGCCAUGCCUGAUCCAUGCAAGAACAUCUUUGCACGCUUCUUUUCACGCUUUCAAAUUCCUAGUAUGUGUGCCACAGAUAACGCCAGUGUGAACUUUGUCAAGUACAAGGGAGACUAUUACGUCAGCACAGAAACCAACUACAUGAGACGAAUAGAUCCACAAACUCUGGAUACAAAGGAGAAGGUGGACUGGAGUCAGUACAUUGCUGUCAACUCAGCUACAGCUCACCCACACUAUGACCGUGAAGGGGCCACGUACAACAUGGGCAACUCCUAUGGCAAAAGCGGCUUUUUCUACAACAUCAUCCGUGUGCCUCCUCCUGAGGAGAGAGGGGCAAGGGACGACUCUGCAGAGCUGAAUGGAGCCAAAGUGAUCUGCUCCAUCCGUGCAGCUGAACCCAGGAAACCCUCCUAUUAUCACAGCUUUGUCAUGUCAGAGAACUACAUUGUGUUCAUUGAGCAGCCAAUCAAGCUGGACCUGCUGAAGUUCAUGCUGUACAGAAUUCAGGGAAAGAGCUUUCAUAAAGUCAUGACCUGGGAGCCCAAGUAUGAGACCAUCUUCCACGUGGUCAACAGGCAUACUGGCAAGCUGAGUGAAGUGAAAUACCGCGCGGCACCCAUGUUCACACUGCAUCAGAUCAACGCUUUUGAGGACAAUGGGUUCUUGGUUAUGGACAUGUGCUGUGGGGACGAUGGUGAGGUCAUCGGAGACUUCACACUUGAAAACCUCCGCAGAGGCUCAGGGGAGGAAAUGGACAAGUUUUACAACUCAUUGUGCAGAAACCUCCCGAGGAGAUACGUCCUACCUCUGACUGUGGAUGAACAAAGUCCUCUGGACCAAAACCUAGUCACCCUGUGUAAAUAUAAAGCCACAGCGAAGAAGACAAAAUCUGGAGAGGUUUACAUGAUCCACGAGGAGCUUUAUGAUGACGAGCUGCUGCAGUAUGGUGGCCUUGAGUUCCCACAGAUCAACUACGACCAGUACAAUGGCAGACCUUACCGCUACUUCUACUCCUGCGGCUUUGGACACGUCUUCAGUGACUCCCUGCUCAAGAUGGAUGUCCACACCAAGGAGCUUAAGGUGUGGCGUUAUCCCGGCUUGUACCCGUCUGAGCCUGUCUUUGUUGCUUCGCCCAAAGCUACUGAGGAAGAUGAUGGAGUGGUCCUGUCAGUCAUCAUCACACCCAGACAAGAGAAGAGUACUUUCCUACUCAUUCUGGAUGCCAAGACCUUCAGUGAGCUGGGCAGAGCGGAGGUCCCUGUCAAUAUCCCAUAUGGGACCCAUGGUGUGUUUAAUGAGAUGGGCUAGAUGUGCCACUGUUUGUACCUCUGUAGCAAAUUGCUGAAAUUGAACCAGCAACCAGUCACUUUAUCCACAGAACAGAGUAUCUUUGUUGAUGUCCUUACCUGUAAAACUCCUGAACUGUAAAAAAACAACAAAAGCCGGGAAAAAAAACUGCAGACUCAUGCUAUCUGUUUGUGCCUCCUUGAUAGGAGUAGGUGCAUGUCUUCGCUUUGCUGCCAUUACAGUUAGAGAGAUGGCAAUCUUUUGGAGACUAACAAGACAGUAA